AUGGCAAGAUACCCAAUCCAAGGAUCUGAUCCAAUAAGCAAGUAUUACGAAAAUUUCAAGCAAUAUAUUUCAGAAGCAGACAUUCCGAUGACAAGAAUGACAACUAGAGUGAUAUUCUUAGAUGGAUUAACAGAGAAAAAUAAAUUAUAUCUUUUCCGAGUUGGAAGUAGCCCACCUAUAGAAAACUUGAUCAAAGUAUUAGAGGAAAUCGAAAGAAUAUCGCCGGCACAGCCGAAUCAGGAUAACGAUCACCCGGAAAAUUUUCUGCCGAAAGUUGAGCCAAUAACAUCCCACCAAAAAUCGUAUAUAACUCGAAAAAUGUCGGCUACAUCAACUCCAGCUUCCGCUUCUAAUAAUGCAACCGAAGAAAAGCAGGCUCCCACUUUAGCCGAGGUGGUUAGAAAGUUGGACACAGAAAAUCUUAUCGAAUUUUUGCGUGGGGAAGAAGACUUGCAACUUAACGAUACUCAUUUCGAAAUCUUACGCAAUGAGGAGAUCGCUGGCCGUGAUUUCCUCAAGUUGACCGAGGAAAAACUUCGUAGCUAUGGUAUGAAGGGUGGGCCUACCUCAAGAAUUGUGGACUUCGCUAAAGAGGUUAAGGAGAAAAAAUUGAGGGCUUUUUCGUCAUACCGCAGUCUAAGAGAAGUGUUAUUAAAAUAUGGCCUCGACAGUGAUGGUGUGGAAGCCAUUCCAUUGUUUGAGCUUCCGCAAUACGAGGUCGAAGACAAUGACCAACAUUUUGCACAUUGCAUGGCUGAUAUUUUGUUCAGGAUGAAGCAUUACGGGUCUUUAGUCUUGGAUAGUUUGGAAUCCAUGCGAAACGAAUACGUAUCGACAUUACUCCACACAGCUCUCCAUAUCGCAGGAGACUUAACUAGGAAAGAAUUUAGCAUGAGACCAGAAUACGAAAUCAUUGGUGAUGAAAGUUCCGGGCGAGUUAAUUAUGGAAUCAAGGAGUCCGAAAACCUAAUCUGCGUUACCGAAGAUAAAGUUCAGCGUAGCAUACUCGAAGGUUUUGCCCAAAAUAUAAAACAACUCGAAAGCUCGUAUGAAACGAACAAGAAAAAACGAAAGCGGGAAGACGAUGAUUUCGACUAUCUCUACGGAAUCGUGACGUCUGCCAGGGAUUGGCAUUUUUUGCUUUACAGUCCUGGAGAGAUCUCUCAAGCAAGUGAGAUUCCCUAUAGCAUCGAAUUCAACAAGAAAGCCUUGGAAAAAAAUUCGGAGGAAUAUCACACUUUACGUAAGAAUGUAAAAAAGGUAUUGGAGGGCUAG